UUAUCACAUUUUAUUAUUCCAGAAACGCACUAUUUAACCUCAAUACCAUUCCUUUUUUUUGCAGUCCUAAUGGCACGUUUGCUGCGUCCAGGCCUCCAACAACGGGCCAGCUCAACACUGCAUUCGAAAGCCUCACCGGCUGUGAUGCCAGACAUACAAAGCGAAAUGCCCGAUUCCGACUACCAACCACCAACUUACACGGGUCCAAGUUAUGAAAAAGUCAUGGAGAUACGGCAAAAACAUAUAACACCAAACAUUGUGCCGCAUUUCAAGAAGCCUCUCCUCAUACACAACGGGCACAUGCAAUGGCUGUUCGAUCAUGAAGGUCGCCGCUAUCUGGAUAUGUUUGGCGGUAUUGUUACAGUUUCCGUGGGACAUUGUCAUCCCAAAGUGAACCGUGCGCUUGAGGAACAGAUCAACACACUAUGGCACACGACAAACAUUUACCUACACCCAAAAAUUCACGAAUACGCCGAACGCUUGACAGCCAAAUUUCCCGGCGAACUGAAGGCCGUAUGCUUUGUUAACUCGGGCUCAGAAGCCAAUGAUCUUGCUAUGCUGAUGGCGCGCACGCACACAGGCAACCAGGAUAUUAUUACAUUCCGUAAUGCCUACCAUGGCAUGUCACCCUAUACCAUGGGUCUUACCGCGCUCUCAACCUGGCGUUUUCCGCUGCCCGGCACCAGCAAUGGCAUACACCACGUUAUGAAUCCUGACCCCUACACAGGCAUUUGGGGUGGCGCGGCAUGUCGUGAUUCGCCCAUACAAACGGAUCGGAAGUGCGACUGCACGCAGGAGACUGGCUGCUUGGCUGGUGCGCGGUAUUAUGAACAGCUGGAGGAAGUUUUCAAAUACUCUCUGCCACGCGGACGUGUGGCCGCCAUGUUUGCGGAGUCCAUACAGGGUGUUGGUGGCACCGUACAAUAUCCGAAGGGAUACAUAAAGAAAGCAGCUGAUUUGGUGCGCGCAAAUGGCGGGUUAUUCGUUGCCGACGAGGUGCAAACUGGUUUUGGCCGCACCGGCGAGUAUUUCUGGGGAUUUGAGGGACACGAAUUCAUACCGGAUAUCGUAACAAUGGCAAAGGGCAUCGGUAACGGCUUUCCGCUGGCAGCUGUGGUAACUACGCCCAAGAUAGCUGCCUCACUGGGCCAGGCAUUGCAUUUCAACACCUAUGGCGGUAAUCCAAUGGCCAGCGCUGUGGGUAUCUCGGUGUUGGACGUUAUUGAAGAAGAAAAACUACAGAAGAAUUCUUUGGAAGUGGGCACUUACUUCCUGCAGAGUUUGUCGGAGUUGCGUGAACGCUACGAGAUUAUAGGUGACGUGCGCGGUAAGGGCUUAAUGAUUGGCGUGGAAUUGGUAUCAGAUCGCGCAACAAAGACGCCACUUAGCGCGCCACAUGUAAUGGAAAUUUGGGAGACCUGCAAGGAUAUGGGUGUGCUCUUCGGACGUGGCGGUUUAAAUGGCAAUGUACUCUCCAUACGCCCGCCACUCUGCGUCACCUACGAUGAUGUUGAUUUGGCAUUGAAUGUUUUAGCAACUGUUUGCAAGCAGCAUUUGGAUAAAAGAAUACGCAAUUGGCGUAGAAAUGUAUGAAAAGGGAAUGGAUAACACCGCCAGGAGGAAUGGUAACCAACCAGCCUAUCCACGAAAACUGAGUCGAAGCAACAGGCGCAUGUUGGAUGUACAGUAUAAGUAUAUUCGUCCAGUCUUGAAAUAUGUGUAAGACGCUAUAUUAAAACUAAGGUGUGUACAAUUUGUUACUUUUUGGUCGCACAAUGUACACGAGUGCAAAUUAUUAACUGAGAUUUUUUAAAUUAGGCUUUUGAACAAUGAGUAUAAUUUUAAGAAUAUACAGCCAUAACUAUUUUAGGUAUUAA